AUGAUCUCACCCACGUCUUGGCUGGACGGACUCAGGUACGGCCGGCACCUGGGGAUCGACCCCAUCGCCCACAGCGAUCUUCUGUGGAUCGCUGUGGAGGCCCUGAAAGCACCGCUUCCCUUCGAUUGGACGGUGCACUUCGACCCAAGCGGCAAGGCUUUCUACUAUCAUGCAACGACGGGAGUGUCCUCGUGGACCCAUCCGAUGGAGUAUCUGUUCCGCCACACCUACAAGAACAUGCUCAACGAGGUUGUUUGCGCAGGGAAGUUCUGCCUCGUCUUCACGAUCCAGUUCGUGGCGGAGCUUGAGAUCAAGGGUACUUUGACGGGCACCAUCGACACCUCGGCGGCUCUAGACUUCGAAAUCGAGGGCAAGGUAACGGUCAACAAAGACGGCAAGGCCACCUCGCACUUCAAGACCAUUGGCAUCAAGCAUCGGGAGAUUUUUGCCGUCGGCGCGAGUGCAUCCGCUUCCGUUCGUGUCGGCAUGGGGCCCGUCUUCACUGUCUGGCCCGUGCCGGGCAUUCCCAUCAACUUCAACGCCAUGAUGAAUGCGGAGGCCAAAGCUCUUGGCACGAUAGAGUACAACGUCGACCCCAGUCUGCUCCAGGAGGACUCCGGAAAGCACGUGAGCAAGGCCCAGGAGGAGAAGGACAAGCAGUUGGAUGAUGUGAGCGACUUCAUGAAUGCCACCAGCAAUGCGCUCGGACUCUGUGGUGCAGCGGUGCUGACAACCUUCGCCGGUGCGGAAGCGCUGGUCGAGCUGAUCGCCGGUCCGGAAAAGUGCGUCACGGGCACGAACACGAUUUCAGACACCGUCAACUCCGCGGCCAACGAGGCAUCCAGCAAACUCACGGGCCUCGUCCCGGAUCUUCAUCUGGACAUGACACUGAAGUCCAUCCAACUGUUGAAACCCCAGAAACUGUGGUGCAAGGAAGUCUACAAGACGCCAGGUUUCGAUCAGGCUCCUUGUGCGGCCACCUUGGGAUGCAAGUUUGCAGGCCGUCCACCCUCGCAGGAUGUCGAGGCGCCACCACCGGAGCAGGUCACGAACACCUUGUCCGCCACCGCCAGUGCACCGUCGUGCCCGACUGUGGAAGGUUCCGUGAAGAUGGGAGAUCGGUUCAUUCAGGUUGGCAGCUUUCGCCUGUGUGCUGCUGAUGACGACCACUUCUCCGUCCAGCACGAGUCCGGCUUCACCGCACAGAUCUACAAGAGCGAUGGCACAACGCAUUGCGCAAACCAUCGGCCUCGGAGGGAUUUUGGCACCUGGCACAGGGACGUCGGACCUGCUCAUCCUUCUCGUGGGAUCUCCUUUGGCUUCCAGUACAUCCAAAUUGGUAAGUUUCGCCUCGGUGCCAUCGACGACAGGCAUUUGUCGCCUUCGCAUGAAAACGGCAACACAAUCAUGAUCUUCCGCCAUGACAGGAAGCGUUUUCCCGGGCCAAGGAGUGAUUGGGGUGCCUGGGACCGUAGUGAGGGUGCACCAUUCGGCGUGGCUUUUGGUGACAGAUUCAUCCAAAUCGGCAAGUUCCGAAACGGCUGCCAAGACUACAAGCAUUUGGUUUUGACCCACACCUCGAACACGGUGAUCCAGCUCUACCGAGAUGAUGGCACGGAGCAUCCCGGCGUCGGCAACCACUGGAGCUUUUCAGUAAAUCGACGUGGACCGGCGCCGUGGACCUGCAAAGACAUUUCGGAAGUGGCCUAUGGCGCUUGCGAUGCCGACUGGGGUGCCUUCGGAGAUAGGUUCAUCCAGCUGGGAGAUUUCAGGCUGGCGGCGAUAGAUUCUACACACUUCUCAGUGUGCCACAGAAGCGGAGUGGCCUCCAUGAUCUAUCGCGGGGAUGGAACCCUGCACGGGGGCCCGCGGACGGACUACUAUUCGUGGAACAGGGCUGUCGGCUUUCCUCACGGCAUCACUUUCGGUCCGGGUUUCAUCCAACUGGGCAAUUUCAGGCUCGGCGCCAUCGACGACGGUCACCUCAGCAUUGCGCAUGUGAGUGGAAAGACCAGCCAGAUCUGCCGGUCGGACGAGCACUUGGUCGUCACUCACAAAGACGGCGUGGCGAUGCAGACAUUCCACAGAAAUGGGAAGAGGUAUGAUUUGCCCGGCCACUGGUCGACCGACGUUAACCGUCGCUACCCGCAGUGGCACUGUGGCGGAAUCCAGGACAUCAUGGGCACUUGCCCUGGUCUCGCCGCAGGAGACGACUUCCUGAUGCUGGGAGACUGGCGCCUGGCGGCCCACGACAACGUCCACUUCACUAUUUGCCACCGCGCCGGGCAGACGCCGAUACUCUACAGGGCGGACAACGAGCACUUCGGGGGACCUCGAACGGGUUGGAGUAGCUGGAAUAGCCAGAUCGCCGAGAUGAAGGACGCCAACCACAGGAUCCGGUUCGGCGAUCGCUUCAUCCAGUUCGGCAACCACUG